CGACUCAAGGGAGAGUCUCUGUAGUGGAUGUGUGACCGAGUAGUGUGGUAAAGAUAAGAGCUUGAUCAUUUAUUUAAAUAUUUUUAAAUAUUAAUUAGAGUUAGUAGAGUUAUGGCAUUGGUUAACUCUAAAGUCUAUAAAUAAAGAGUGUAAGUUCAUUUUUUUUAUUGACUCACACUCAUCAAUUACUCCCUCUUUCUCUCUCGUAGCCAUCUUCUCCCAUUCCAAUUUAUCUCUUUGUUUUCAUCAAGAGCCAAGCACCAAUAUCACCAUAAAACUCUCAUAGUUUUCUUUUUAUUUCAUUCACAGCCAAUGCUUCAAACUUCCAUUCAUACCACCUCACACAACCAUACAAUACCAUACACCACUUUUAAUUUCAAAAUCACCGUCAUCUUCUUAUAAUUAUCAUAUAGCCACAACACUAUAAUUUUUGUUAUUUGCCAAAACACAUGAACCUCACCAUUGCUACCAAUUGUUCAUCAAGUUAUAGAGUUCUAAACUUAGGGUUGCAAUUAGUUGGUGUUUUCAUUUCCAAAAAUUAAGGUAUGAUAUGUUAUUUUGAGAAUUUAUUUAUAGUAUAACUGGGUUAAGUUUUAUUGCCAUUUUUGUGUUUCUAAUCUUAAUAUUUGGAAACUAAGGUUUACGUGGUAUGUAUACAAGGCUUUGGUUCUACAUAUAAUUUUCGCAAUCAAGCUAGGAUCUCCACAUUCGAGAUAUAGGAGAUAUGUCUCUUAGAAUUAAGGCGUCAAACGAUACAGUACUUGCAGAAAUAAAAAAUAUUCUGUCACUUAAGAUCGAAAAUAUCCGCCACGAAGAGGAUAAGAUUCUUAGAGCUCUGCGAGAAGUCAUCGCAAUUAAUGAAGAAAUUAAAAGAGUAGUAGAGGUGAGGGGAGCCUUGAUCAAAUCACGAGAGAAGUUUCUAGUGCUAAGGGCUGCUUUGUCACAUGUCCCCGAACUUCUUUACUAUAUCGAUGAAGUCUGGCACCGUGUCUCAAAUCUUGGCGACGCAAUUAGAUACGCAGCAUUCAUAUGUGAGCUGACGCUUGACUUCCACAACUUCGUUUUCGAAAAGACUUAUAUUGUGGAAACAAACGGCAUGGAAGAAGAACGCGUCAAGAACAUACGAUAUAAGCUAAGUGACGACAGUGUGGAGGACAUAACAGAAUCUGUGAACGUAACAACUGAACGAGAUUUGGAAGAAUCAGAAAUGCCAGACUAUUUUGAAGUGACAGCAGAAAUGUUGGAACUUGAACUAAUAAGCCCACCUCAAAUAGAAGCAGAGAAAAUAGUAGAAGUAAUAGAGAUUCCCUCAGAUGAAGAAUCCAAAGAUGAGGAAAUGCCAGAAGGUCCCAAUGAGCUAGAUUAUUCCCCAAUACCGAAAAGCAAGGACUUAGAUCUGCCCGCAACAACCAACAUCCAUGAACCAGAAGAUGACAUACCUGACUAUCAUUUUGAAGUAGAAAUUGAUGAGUCAGACUCUGAAUCCGAGGAUGUGCCAGCACCAACUCCAGCAGAUGUGGAAAUGGAAAUAAACUUCGAGGAACACCCAGAAGAGGACCUACAAGAAGACCCUGAAGGAUCUGAAGCCGAGUCAUGCGUGGAGGACGAAUAA